AUUCAGCUAGGUCGUGAGAAGUGCACUUAAUUAAUAAAAAUCAUUUUAUAAUAUAUUUAUUAUAUAUACAAAUGUGUGAACGAAAUGCAACAAUUAAUAAGAAUAAGGUGCAAGAAUCACAAAACAGUAGCAGAAUCAAAGAUAACAUCUUAUUAGGACCAGAACAUUCAAUACAUAGAGAAUCUGUCAAUGUAGCUGAAACGGUAUUAAAAACCUUGAAAAGCAAACCUGACUGUAUUGGCCAGAUAGACGCUUUUACGGGUAAACAAAACACCUAUGCCGAAAUGAGUGAACGCAGUAUUAAAUGUGCAUUGUGGUUAAAAAAGCAGGGAGUAAAGCCAGGCGAUAUAAUCGGUCUUUGUACUGAUAAUAAUCUAGAUGGGAUUACAGUAUUAUUGGGCAUUAUGUAUUUAAAUGGCAAAUGUAAUACGUGGGACCAUAAACUUUCUUUAACGACGGCACGAUACUUUCUCUCGCUAACGUCACCAACAAUAAUUUUUACGAUCCCCUUAUCAGCCGCGAUUUUGACGGAGGCAGCAAAGAAGUUGAAAAUGGAUGUAAAAAUAGUAGUACUUGACAAGCUAGAUGGAUACGAAUCAAUAGACGAUAUAAUAAAGAGCCACGAUAGUCGCGAGAUUGCCGAAUUCAAAUGUAUCCCGAUCAGCAAUCCGGACGAAGUUUGUCUUAUUGUUCUUUCUUCAGGUACUACAGGCAUGCCAAAAGCUACUGAGAUCUCGCACAGUUCUAUGCACAAUCGCUUGAUGGAAGAAAAAAUUGCUGAAAUGCGCGGUCAAGUUUGCUUAUUCACACCGACAUUACGUUGGCAUUAUGGCGUUUUGCUCGCGUUUAAGGCCAUUUUAGCGUGUUCGACCAGAAUCGUUGCACCAGACUCUGUGACAGAUGACAAUGCAAGUAAUAUGUAUUGCAGCAUUAUCGAAAAAUACCAAGUAUCGUGGUUUGCUACUGACCCAUUUGUUUUAAUUCAGUUGGUUAAAACGGAUGUUUUAAACGGAUUAAAGCAAUAUAACGUGUCGACAUUAAAAUUUGUUCUUACUAGCGGUUCUAUUUUCCCGAAAGAACAUCAAAUGGCAUUGAGAAAAAAAUUACCACACGUUUUAAUAUGUAAUGGUUAUGGAUCUACCGAUUCGGGAGGUGAAAUCACUGGCCAAAAAAUAGACAGUAAACCAGGAUCUGUUGGUCUUCCUACAUAUAAUGUUCAAAUAAAAGUGACGGAUACAGAAACUGAAAAAGUCUUAGGGGUUAACAAAGUUGGAGAAAUACGCGUUAAAGCGCCAUUUGUAAUGAAUGGCUACUAUAAGAACCCUGAAGCAACUAAAAAAGCUUUCGAUGCUGACGGUUGGUUAUGCACCGGCGAUUUAGGAUAUUACGACGAUGACGGAGAACUCUUCAUCGUUGGUCGAAUAUCGGAUUUCAUUCUUUUUAGAUCAAUCAAUGUCUCGCCGGCGGAAAUCGAAGCUGUUUUACAGAAUCAUCAAGCAGUGUUUCAAGCGGCAGUAAUAGGAAUGCCUCAUGAAAUUGAUGAGCAACGUCCAAUGGCUGUCGUUUCUGUAGUGCCAGGUAAAACGGUAACAGAGCAAGAGCUUAUGGAUUUAGUAGAAAAGAAUCUGCCGGAUCACUGCAAACUUCGGGCGGGUGUCAAAUUCAUCGAUAAACUUCCGCGUAUAAUCACUGGUAAAAUCGCGAAACAAGAAUUGCGAAAAAUGUUUGUGAAUUAAAUUGUGCUAAAUUAUACAUAUUAUUGAAAUACUUAUGUAAGCAUGUAAAACAACGUUUUACCAAAAAUUAUGGAACAAAUUAAAAAUAAUAUCCUCAAUGAAUAUAAUAAAAUAAUAGAAAGAACAUACAAACAAUUUUAUGCAUAUAAAAUAUGUUUUACAGAUUUAAUAAUUUCGAUGUAAUCAAUUAAUCAAACUUUUAUAUAAGUACUAAUAAA